GCCGGCGCCGGCAUGGGGAAGGUGAAUGUGGCCAAGCUCCGUUACAUGAGCCGGGAUGACUUCAGGGUUCUGACCGCGUUUAAAGGAAAAAUGUCAAUGACCCUGACUGAAUAGUCAGGUAUUGCAUGUUUUAAAAAUUCUUGUGGCCUACCAGUUGGAAAAGCACUGCAUUAAUGCCUCUGACAGAAAUAAGAGAGUCAAGAGGAAGAAAUAUCAGAGGCUGGGAGAGGUGGGACAGAGCAUGGAAGACACGUUUAAAAAUGUUGAAAUGGGCAUGAAGAACCAUGAAAUAGUUCCCUGCAGUUUGGUUGCUUCUAUAGCCAGCCUUAAACAUGGUGGCUGUAAUAAAGUUUUAAGGGAAUUAGUAAAACAUAAACUCAUAGCUUGGGAGCGUACCAAAACUGUCCAGGGCUAUCGGUUGACAAAUGCAGGUUAUGAUUACCUGGCUUUGAAAACACUUUCAUCUAGACAGGUAGUUGAGUCUGUUGGGAACCAGAUGGGUGUUGGCAAAGAAUCUGAUAUUUAUAUUGUUGCAAAUGGAGAAGGGCAGCAGUUUGCAUUAAAGCUUCACAGACUGGGAAGAACCUCCUUUCGAAAUCUGAAAAACAAGCGUGAUUACCAUAAACACAGGCAUAACAUGUCUUGGCUUUAUUUAUCUCGUCUUUCUGCCAUGAAAGAAUUUGCCUAUAUGAAGGCAUUGUAUGAGAGGAAAUUUCCAGUUCCAAAGCCAAUUGAUUAUAAUCGCCAUGCAGUGGUCAUGGAACUCAUAAGUGGCUAUCCUCUAUGUCAGAUACACCAGGUUGAAGAUCCUGAAUCGGUGUACGAUGAAGCCAUGGAACUAAUUGUCAGACUUGCGAAUCAUGGGCUGAUUCAUGGAGAUUUCAAUGAAUUCAAUCUCAUUUUGGAUAAAGAUGACCACAUCACCAUGAUUGAUUUUCCACAGAUGGUUUCAACUUCUCAUCCCAAUGCUGAAUGGUAUUUUGACAGAGAUGUUAAAUGUAUUAGAGAUUUCUUUAUGAAACGUUUCAACUAUGAAAGUGAGCUCUAUCCAACAUUUAGUGAUAUCAGGAGGGAGGACUCUCUUGAUGUUGAGGUUUCUGCCAGUGGCUACACAAAGGAAAUGCAGGCAGAUGAUGAACUGCUUCAUCCAUUAGGUCCAGAUGAUACGUAUGUUGAAACAGAGGAAGGAUCUGACUUCUCCUUUUCUGAUGAAGAGAGAUCAGAAAAAGCAAAAGUUUGUAGAUCAGAAAAUCCAUGCCAACAAAACUCUGCAAAUGAGUCAAUCGACUGCUGUCCCAGAGCACUUGGAGACCUUGAACGAGUAAAGGAAGACGCUUUGUCAGGCUGGAGUGCUGCUGCACACGAUUUUGACAUGACUGAAUUCAGUCAAGCAUUAGAUGAAAUAAAAGGGCAGGUUGUUGAAAACAGUUCUGUAACUGAGGUGUCUGGGGAGGAAAACAAAACCAAAAAGGACACCAGGCAAGACGGUGAGACAGGCCAAGGAGGAAACCGCAGGGGCUCUGAAGAGCCUGAAGAUGAAUGCCCUGAGCUCCUUGCCUUGUCGUCAUUAAACAAAGAAUUCAGGCCUUUCAGAGAUGAAGAAAAUAUGGAAGAUAUUAAUCGAUAUAGAACAAGAACUUUCAGUGUUACGUCUGCAGGCAGUAUUUUAAGCUGUUCAACAAUUCCUCCGGAAUUGGUGAAACAGAAGGUGAAACGUCAGUUGACAAAACAACAAAAAUCAGCUGUGAGACGUCGAUUGCAAAAAGGAGAAGCAAAUAUAUUUACCAAGCAACGGAGAGAAAACAUGCAAAAUAUUAAGUCAAGCUUGGAAGCAGCUAGCUUUUGGGGAGAGUAAUGUAUUUAGGGACAUUUACACAAUGGAAUACUAUUCAGCCAUAAAAAAGAAGGAAACUUUACCCUUUGCAACAGCAUGGAUGGACCUGGAGAACAUUAUGUCAACUGAAGUAAGCUAGUCAGAGAAAGAAAAAUACCAUAUGAUUUCACUCAUAUGUGGAAUCUAAUGAACAAACUGAA